CGUUAGAUUACGGUCUGACUUAUCUCUGUUGUCAGUUUAUUUUUCUUGAAUUGUUUUGACUUCUGACGUUCGCGUAGAUAUCAUUUAGUAUCAUUGUGUAGUGUAAACAGCAGUAAAUUAUUGUAUUCCGCUGUGGUACAAAUAUAUUGCCUCGAGCAUUUUUAAUUUUAUUCACAGCUAGUUGAAAGCGCGAGGCCGUUGAACUCCAUAAUCAAAGAAUGUGGUGCGAAACGUAAUACAUUAUUAAUAUUCUACGGAAGUAGAUAUUAGUGAAAUAAAUUUAUUGUUUUACAUUAAAAUGAAGCUAAAAGUAGACAAAGGGCUGGUGCCAAUUAAGGCUCAUUUCUUCUUCUUUUUCGCUGCUCUGGGCCCGAUACUACCGCAAAUCAAUGUGUUCGGGCGGCAGCUGGGCGUGUCUCCGGCCGCCAUGGGGCUGGUGACCGCGGUACUGCCUCUCAUGUGGGCGACAGCAAAGCCGCUGUUCGGGUAUGCCGUGGAUUACUGGCCUGCACACAGAAAAUUGGUAUUCAUGAUGCUAAUAGUAAUAAUGAGCGGUUCAUACUGUUGUCUAUGGUUUCUACCGAUGCCCGAGCCAGAGACAACCGAGCCGCCCGUGCUCGAAUACGUAUACAAACUAAACGACACGGUAUACCUAAAACGAAUAGACAACACGACGCAAUCAGAAAAGUACAACUGUCGGUGGAACUGUUCUACGGAAUAUUUCGACGUUCACUUUUCAAACUCUUCGUUCAUAAACACGAUGUACGUCGACUCUUCAAUAGACAAUUCAUCUUGUUCUCUAAUAUCCAUGGAUAUAGACGACAUGCGCGACGGAGAGCUGACCUGCACACCUAAAGACGGAUGCAACCUCCUUUGUUACGAAGAAGGUUUAAAUACUACCAACGUAUUAAAAAUUGGCGCCAACUUAACAGCCAGUACUGCCAACCGAACGAAAAGAGAAGUUAACAACCACAUCGCGGUUGAUUUGAACAAAGUUGGUAUGAGUGAGAAGGAUGUUAGAGCUAAGGUUGCGAAGCCACUGGUGCCAGUGAUAGAAGCGAAGACGGAAAGUGACUAUAACUUCUACACGACGACGACUUUUUGGGCGUUCGUGGUGCUCUCGUGCGUGGGGACGGUGGCGUUCAAUGUCGCCAAUUGUAUCGGCGACGCUGUCUGCUUCGAUGUUCUAGGGCCCGAGCGAGGAUCUAAAUACGGGGCGCAACGCGCGUGGGGCACAGCCGGGUACGGCAUCACCGCGCUGCUCGGCGGCUGGCUUGUUGACUCAGUCUCCAAGGGGAACUACAAGGACUUCACGCCCGCCUUCGUGAUCGCUAUGGCGGCGACCGCUGUUGACCUGUACAGCUGCAGGGCGCUCACGCUGCCGUCUCUAUCCAGCCCGUCGGACUCGGGCGCGGCGCUGCGUGCCCUGCUGCGCAUGCCGCGCGUGCUCAUGUUCAUAGUGUUCGCGGUGAUCGCCGGCACGUUCGACAGCUUCAUCAUAUACUACAUGUUCUGGUUCUUGGAGGAGCUGGCGGAGGAGACAGGCUCCGUGGGCAAGAUCAAGCUGAUAGAGGGAGUGGUGACCGCUGCUGAAUGUCUCGUGGGAGAACUGCUGUUUUUCUUCUUUUCGGGUAAAAUAAUAAAACGCUUCGGUUACGGCAACACACUGACGGUGUCGCUGUUCUGCUACGCGAUCAAGAUGGCGCUCAUCUCUGUCAUACAGCAUCCCUGGCAUCUCGUGUUUGUCGCGGGCGUGAUGCAGGGUCCCACGUACGCGCUGUGCUACUCCACCAUCGUGGGGUACGCGGCGCAGGUGGCGCCCGAGGGCUACUCCGCCACCGUGCAGGGCAUCGUCGCAGGCAUGGACGACGGCGUCGGGUUCGCGCUGGGCUCGCUGGUGGGCGGCGCGCUGUACAGCUGGGCGGGGGGGCGCGCGGCCUUCCAGGUGCUGGCGGGAGUCGCGCUGCUCGCCGCCGCCGCGCACUGGGCGCUCUUCUCGCACAUGGACAGGACACAGCCAAAAGAAGAGCCGCAGGAGACAAUAGAAGAAGGAGAGAAGAUGCUGCAAGACCGAAACACAGCGAUAUAUCAAGAAACAGUGAUGCCGCUGAAGAACGACAGGUAACGAUAAUAGGCUGUAGGUAAUGGGAAAUUAAUGAGUGGGGGAUUGUGUUAAUGCCAGUAUAAUGAUGGCAACUAGCGAUGGAUAAUGUUGUCGCGGUUUGUACAGCGAUGCCUAUCUGACCGGUCUGAAGUUAGUCACGAGCGGUUUCUAUAUUUUUAGCAACUGCAGUGACAGGACUUGGACGGUAGAUGUAAAGUAAUUUUUUACUAAUAAUUGGCAUCAGCUUUAUUAAAAAACAUUUUAAAAAGUUUAUGCAGUGUUUAAAAGUAAGGGAUUAAUAUGGAAUUAACAGAAACUUUUUUUUUAUUAAUUUUAUAUGCAAUAUGUAUGAUAAAUUGAUAUUUUGCUGUCUGAAUUUAGUUUCAAACUCAAAUGAGUUUACAUAAACAAUUUUUUUUUCACAUUAAACCUGUUUAAUUGUGUUUUUAAAAAUGAUUUUUCAUAAUCCUUAAUUUUCGUUGUCGGUUCUCGUAUACUUAGUGUACAGAUAGAUGUCUAUCUAUAUUUCUAAAUACAUAAUGUAUUUAUUGCAUUGACCAGCAUACUCUGAUCCCUACCGGACAUCUUCCGUUAUAAAAAAAAAGAAACACCCCAAUUUCUUUAAUUAAUAUUUAUCAUAAGGUGCUAUUUUUAUUUACGGGUAAUCAAAGGGAAAUGUAAUUUUUGUACUAUUAAAGAUAUAUUUUUUUCAUACCAUUUAAGUAGUCAUUGAUCGGAUAUACGUAAAAAA